UCAAGAUUGAGUCUUUUUGAGUAAAGAGAAGAUAAAAUGGCUUCAAUGUUGCUUAGUCGACAGCUGACCUGUUGCCUGCAGCAAAACUCCAGACUGCUUGUGUUUGGACACAGGUAUAUCAGUCAAGCUGCAGCUAAAAUUGAUGUGGAUUUUGAUUAUGAUGGACCUCUAAUGAAGACAGAAGUUCCUGGACCACGAUCUAGAGAAUUAAUGAAGAAGCUGAAUGGCAUUCAGAAUGCAGAAGCUGUGCACUUCUUUUGCAACUAUGAAGAGAGCAGAGGGAACUACCUGGUGGAUGUAGAUGGCAAUCGCAUGCUGGAUCUCUACUCCCAGAUUUCAUCCAUCCCAAUAGGUUACAGCCAUCCCUCCCUGAUAAAGCUUUUACAGCAGCCACAGAACCUGAGCACUUUUAUCAACAGACCUGCCCUAGGGAUUUUACCUCCAGAGAACUUUGCAGAAAAACUGAAGGAGUCUUUGCUAUCAGUGGCUCCCAAGGGCCUGUCACAGGUGAUGACCAUGUCUUGUGGAUCCUGCUCUAAUGAAAACGCCUUCAAAGCAAUAUUCAUGUGGUACAGAAACAAGGAGAGGGGCCAUAAUAAUGUCACAAAAGAAGAACUGGAAUCUUGCAUGAUUAACCAGCCCCCUGGCUGCCCUGACUACGCCAUGCUCUCCUUCAUGGGUGGCUUCCACGGCAGGACCCUGGGUUGCUUAGCUACAACUCACUCUAAAGCAAUUCACAAACUGGACAUUCCCUCACUGGAUUGGCCUAUUGCUCCAUUUCCAAGGCUAAAGUAUCCCCUGGAAGAUUUUGUGAAAGAGAAUCAACAGGAAGAAGCCCGUUGUUUAGAGGAGGUGGAAGACCUGAUUGUGAAGUACAGGAAAAAGAAGAAGAUUGUGGCUGGAAUCAUUGUAGAACCAAUACAGUCAGAGGGUGGGGACAAUCAUGCUUCAGAUGAUUUCUUCAGAAAGCUCCGAGAUAUUGCCAGAAAGCAUGGCUGUGCAUUCCUGGUGGACGAGGUGCAGACAGGAGGUGGCUGCACAGGAAAAUUCUGGGCACACGAACACUGGGGCCUGGAUGACCCAGCUGAUGUGGUAACCUUCAGUAAGAAGAUGAUGACGGGAGGAUUUUUCCACAAAGAGGAGUUCAGGCCAAACGCUCCCUACCGGAUUUUUAAUACCUGGCUUGGAGAUCCAGCCAAGAACCUGAUGCUUGCUGAAGUCAUUAAGGUUAUUAAAACAGAAGACCUUCUAAACAAUGCAACCCAUGCUGGGAAAGCACUGCUGACUGGGCUGCUGGAUUUGCAGGCUCGUUACCCACAUCUCAUCAGCAGAGUGAGAGGAAGAGGCACAUUCUGUUCAUUUGACACUCCAAAUGAUGCAACUAGGAACAAGUUAAUUACAAUAGCCAGAAACAAAGGUGUUGUUCUGGGAGGCUGUGGAGACAGAUCCAUCCGUUUUCGUCCAACGCUGAUCUUCAAGGAUCACCACGCGCACCUCUUCCUGAACAUCUUCAGUGACAUCUUAGCAAACUUCAAGUAAAAAGCAGUUCCCUUGCACUGAACAGCUGAUUAUGAAAUUAGUUUGCAUUAAUUCAUGUCCUCUCUACUUACAAGAUAAGUGUAAAGUCAUAAACUGAGGUUUGUGUUCUGUCUGUGAUCCUGCCCAAGGCAAGCUGCUCCGUGCACACAUGCCCCAGGCAGAGCAGUGCCACUGGGCACCAGCAGGUAUGUGCUGCUGUCCCUCACUGUGCAUUCUGUAGAACCUGUGGCCCUCCCUUCUCUGGCUUGGGCCAUGUUAAUUGCAGAGCCCUCACUGCAGCCAUAGCCCUGACCACCCCAUUGUCUGAACAGGCCCCAGUACAGUCUGUGUUCACAGGUGAUCCUGGUAGAUUUGCGUCCAGAAGCAGCAACAAGUGUGGCCUAACACUUGGAGCCACACGUCUGCCAUAAGAAAGUGCCAUUCUCUGUUGGCAGCUGGAAUGAAACAGGUGUUCCAAGGAAAGCUCUGCUUUCCAACUCUGCCAAGCACAGUAUUUUCCAGAUUCAUUUCCAGCUUUAUUCCCUUGAGUACAGAAUCUGCCACACCAACUGG